AAACUAGCUGUGUGAAACACGACCCCAUUGGACUCGCCUUUUUCUUGUGUAGUUGGAACCUUUUCCUUUGGUCUUCUCUGUUCCUCUGUUCCUGUCUCUGGUUAUUGUUGUUGUGACUAAGGAACAAGAUCAAGGGGUUGCUUCCCUUAAGAGGAUUUUCAUUGGACUGUGCUUUCUUUUCAUAGUUUUUGCCUCUGAAAUGGAGAGAGAUUUCAUGGGUCUCAGCUCGAAAGAACCACUCGCUGUAGUCAAGGACGAGACGAACGAUGAUGGCUGCAAAGACUCAGGCUUCACGAAGGGUUCGGUUGCACAAUGGCCUUUUUCGAACAAAGUCUCUGCCCUUCCACAUUUGAUGUCUUUCAAAGUUUCACAAGAUGAUAAUACUAAGAAAAUGGUGUCUGAUCCCAUAUCUUCUGCUGGGUUUAUGAGUAUCUUAAGUCAAGAUGCAUUAGACUAUAGUCAAAAGCGAUCUGCUGGUGAACCACAGAAAUCUUUCAAUCACGAUGGGCAAGGUGGCCUUCAUUUUUCGCUGACUCCAUAUCCUGUACAAUAUGAUGUGAAUUCUAUGAAUCGUCCUCAUGAUGCGAAGAUAUUUUCAGUUUCCAAUCAAGCAAUUUCAGUUUCCUUGGGGAAUCCAUUCCUGAAGAAUCAUUUUGCAACUGCUGGUCAGAAUUUGAAUGGGACUAAUAUGAAGCUGCCGUUACUUGGGGGAAUACCUGUUACAGCACCUCAUUCAGUUCUUCCCACCAUUGGUGCUGUUGCUGGAACAACAGAAUCAUGUGUGAAACCAUCUGCGCCUUCUGCUCAACUUACCAUCUUCUAUGCGGGAACCGUCAAUGUCUUUGAUGAUAUCUCUGCUGAAAAGGCACAAGCUAUCAUGUUGUUGGCUGGUAAUAGCUUAUCUGCAGCUUCUAACAUGGCACAGCCAAAAGUUCAGGUGCCCGUCUCAAAGUUGGCUGCCGGUGACGGUGUGCCUGUGAGUCAACCUGCAAAUACACCGCGUGGCUCUGGUCUUUCAAGUCCUUUAUCAGGGAGUGGCUCAACUAGCACCGAUGAAUUUCUGGCAGCUAAAACAACUGGAGUUCCCACCACUCCUGUUAGCAAUGUUGAGCCUCCUAAGGUAGUCAAUGCAACCACUAUGUUGACAUCAGCUGUGCCUCAGGCUCGGAAAGCAUCCUUGGCUCGGUUUUUAGAAAAACGCAAGGAAAGGGUGAUGAGUGCUGCACCAUAUAACCUCAACAAGAAGUCUGAAGAGUGUGCCAAUGAAGAAUACAAUGGUGCUAACUAAUACACUCUCAACCAAGCACGAAAUAGUAACCCGUCUUUAGGAAUCUAUAUUUCAGAGAAAGAUAUUGUUGUAACUUUAAAAUGUUGUAAGCAGUUGCUUUUAUUUUUCGUUGAUCACAAGUUAUGCUGACAUUCUCAAGUACCAGACUAUGUUCAAUACAUAGGUAGGUUAUUACCAUAAAUAUUUUUGUGGUGUAGGGCUUUUACCCUAUUAUUUCAAAGGUGGGUUGAAUUUUAGCUUCCAACAUUGUAUCAUUGGACGACUAUGUAACUCUCACGAUUUGUUACAUUUGAAGUAAAAGCCCAGUUAUAUUUUUCACU